AUGGAUCAGAACGCUACAUCAUCUUUUACAGACAACAUGGAUAUUGCAAGUGAAAGUGCGUUCCUAGGUCCUUUAGUAAACUCUACUUUUCUGCCGAUGCUACUUCUAUCAUUGGCAGGACAGAAACACACACCAAGGACUGCAAAAACAAUAUACAGGGAAUACGAUUAUGUUAUUGUGGGUGGAGGAUCAGCUGGAUCUGUGCUGGCUUCUCGAUUGUCAGAGAUUCCUUGUGUCAAAAUCUUGUUAUUGGAAGCCGGUGGACCUCCUCCUUUAGUUUCGGAAAUCCCUGCCAUAGAAAGAUUACUUUGGCAUACGAGAAUUGACUGGGAUUUUCGAACUGCGCCACAGCGGUACACAGGAGAAGCGCUCAAAGAUCGGCAAAUUGUGUGGCCAAGUGGAAAAACUUUAGGUGGUUCUAGUGUGCUGAAUGCUAUGUUGACAGUUCGUGGCAAUCGUCAGAACUAUGACGAUUGGGCUGCGCUGGGGGCAACAGGCUGGAGUUAUAAAGAUGUACUUCCUUAUUUUAUUAAGAUGGAAGAUAACAGAGAUCCAGAGUAUGUUGCAAAUGGAUACCACGGUGUUGGAGGCCCUCAAACCAUACACAGACCAAGAUAUCAACCAGAAAUCAAGGAUCCAAUAUUUGAAGCAUCCAGACUUAUGGGUGACAAGAUUGUUGAUAUCAAUGGUAGAACACAAAUUGGAAUUUAUGACAUACAAGCUACGCUUCGGUCUGGUCAGCGUUGUAGUACUGCUAAAGCUUAUCUGGUUCCUGCCGAAAAUCGAACGAAUUUGGAUAUUCUUCCCAAUGCUCUUGUCAGAAAGGUUAUUAUCGAGAAUCGCAGAGCCAUCGGCGUACGGUUCGAUUUCCAGGGAGAUACGUUCGAGGUAAAAGCAAAGCGAGAAGUCAUCAUGUCCGCAGGUACAACCAACUCCGCUCAGCUGCUUAUGUUAUCCGGAAUCGGCCCAAGAAAAGAACUUGAGAGAUUUAAGAUUCCAGUUAUUGCUGAUCUUCCAGUGGGAAAAAAUAUGCAAGAUCAUUGUGGCGUACCGCUGUUAUUUCUUCUCAGCCCCUCUAUUCCAUCAGCGUUAUUUAAAGUAUUCUCCCCUCCAAAUAUCCUUCAGUAUAUCACCACGAGAACCGGUCCUUUAACGUCGGCAUCUCUUAUACCGGCUAUGAGUUUUCUGAAUGGCAAUCAUAGUCAUACAAAGCACUCUAUCCCUGAUUAUGAACUUUACUUCGCAGAACUUCCAGUUGAAAUCGCCGAGACAACAUUCGGUCUCCGAGAAGAAAUUUUUGAACAGUACUAUGGACCUUACAGAGGAAGGGGUACAUAUAGCUGCAUUUCACAAAUUCUUCACCCCAGAAGCAGAGGAACUGUUACUCUCCAGUCUACAAAUCCAUCUGAUCCACCAUUAAUUGAUCCUAACUAUUUUGAAGAUCCCAAAGAUAUUCAGGAUAUUGUUGAAGGAAUGAAAAAAUGCAUGAGGAUAGGUACAAGUGGUCCAUUGCAGAAGGUUGGAUCAACUCCACUGCCGAAUAUCUUUCCCGGUUGCGAAGACUCUGCUACCGACGAGGAUUCAUACUAUUGGUGUAUGGCGAGACAGUUUGUGGUGACUUUCAAUCAUCAAGUCGGGACAGCCAAGAUGGGAGAUCCCAGAGAUCCUACAACCGUCGUAGAUCCUCAACUGCGGGUGAAACACAUAAAGGGCCUGAGAGUGGUCGAUGCUUCAAUUAUGCCUUUGGUACCAUCAGGAAACACAAAUUUACCAACCAUAAUGGUGGCCGAGAAGGCGUCUGAUAUCAUUAAAAGUACCAUAAAAUGUGGAGAAGAGAAUGCUCAUGAUGAAUGGAGCCACGAAUAUCCUUCAAGUUCACCAAUCCAUAGCGAAGAUUUGGACCACGACACCAUGGACAUUGAAGCCGAGCGAGCUUUCCCUUCACCCUUUGCAAACGCCACUCUUUUGCCCAUGCUCCUAUUGUCUCUAGCUCAACAGAAGCAUUCUCCAAAAACAGCAAACACAAUCUACAAAGACUAUGACUACGUGAUAGUCGGCGCAGGCUCCGCUGGAUCUGUACUAGCUAACCGGUUAUCUGAAAUUUCAUGUGUCAAUGUACUUCUGCUGGAAGCUGGAAGCGCACCGCCGCUCAUUUCAGAAAUUCCGGUGAUUUCCAGGUUUCUUUGGUUCACUCGUAUAGACUGGUCAUACCGAACAACACCUCAAAGGCACACGGGAGAAGGAAUGAACAACAGAGAAGUCGUUUGGCCAGCUGGCAAAACGUUGGGCGGUUCCAGUGUGUUGAAUGACGUUUUAUAUGUGAGAGGAAAUCCUAAGGAUUACGAUGAGUGGGCCGCAGCUGGAGCUGAAGGAUGGAGCUAUGAUGACGUCUUCCCGUACUUCAUAAAACUGGAAGACAAUCGGGAUCCAGAAUUUGUUGCAAAUGGUUAUCAUGGCGUUGGAGGGCCUCAAACUGCACACAGACCACGAUACCAAGGUGAAAUUAAAAAGCCUUUAUUUCAAGCUGCAAAAUCCCUGGGAUAUGACGUAGUGGAUUCAAAUGCAGACUAUCAAACAGGUUUUUAUGACAUACAGGGAAUUUUGCGUUCCGGUCAAAGGUGCAGUACCGCAAAGGCAUAUUUAGUACCGGCUGAAAAUCGUACAAAUUUGGAUAUAUUAACGGACGCUUAUGUCCGGAAGAUUAUUAUUGAAAAAGGGCGGGCUGUCGGUGUGCAAUUCGAUCAUGAAGGCAGUACCUACGAAGUGAAAGCGAAACGGGAAGUGAUCUUAUCUGCUGGAGCAACGAACACCCCAAAAAUCCUAAUGCUUUCCGGUAUUGGACCUCGAAAGGAAUUGGAACGAUUCAAGAUUCCUAUAGUCUCCGAUUUACCUGUAGGAAAGAAUUUGCAAGACCAUUGUGGAUCUAAUGAAAACUUUCUUUUAGAUCCAAGUAUUCCUGAAAUUCGUUAUAAAGUACUGGAUCCACUUAACAUUCAGCAAUACCUUCAAAAUAGAACAGGUCCACUAGCGUCUGUGGAAUUCAUAGCUUUUUUGGCUUUCCUUAAUAACCAUUUAAGUAAACAGAUCAAAGAUUCUCCUAACUAUCAACUCUACAUUUUAGAAGCGUCUACUUUGAUAGCAUUGGAACAGUUCAAUCUUAGACCAGAGGUUUAUUCAGCUGUGUAUGCUCCGUAUGAAGGCAAACCAUUUUACGCUUGUUUAGUGUCUUUGCUUAAGCCCAAGAGUCGUGGUACCAUCACAUUAAGGUCAACAGAUCCUUAUGAUCCUCCCGUAAUUGAUCCAAACUAUCUAGAAGAUCCAGAAGAUAUUCAAGAUCUUGUGGAAGGGCUCAAAACUUGUCGAAGGAUUGGAACAAGCGACGCCAUGAAGAAAGUGGGCUCCGUGCCUUUCUCAACUUCGUAUCCUGGAUGUGAGGAACACAAAGGAAACGAGGAUUUGUAUUACUGGUGCCAAGUGAGAAAAUUUGUGUUAACCUUGACCCAUCCAGUAGGCACAGCAAAAAUGGGUGACCCUCACGAUCCAACAACAGUUGUGGAUCCACUUCUAAGGGUGAAAAAUGUAAGAGGCCUUAGAGUAAUUGAUGCUUCAGUAAUGCCUACUGUAACUUCUGGAAAUACAAAUAUCCCAACCAUUAUGAUUGCUGAAAAAGCAUCCGAUAUUAUCAAAGCCACAAUCAAAUGCCAUGGAAAAAAUCCUAAUACAGACCAUGUUGACGAGUACGAUGAUUGGCCAACAUCUCAUAGACCUACAAACGAAGUUCACCUCGUCCAAGUGCCAAAUUCUUUUCCAUCGAAAUGGUUAUUAGAAACGGAACCCCAGUGGGGGAAAACUAAUUCUUUAACAAUAAAUGGAAACGAGAAGUUGUCUCACGGUGUACUGCCAAAAGGUAAAAGACUUUCUCCGUGGAGAAUUCAGCUUCCUAGGGUUACACCUUGGAAUAAGGAGCUUCUUCAAAACAAAACGCUGCCAGAAAAUGCAUCUAAUUCUUCAAUUGUUUCGAAUGAAGAACUUUCAAAAGGAAGCGAACCUCAAGACGAUAAUAUGGACAAUCUUCUAAAACUCUGUGAGUCAGUUUUGAAUUUUAUAGAAUGUCAACAAGCUGGAAAGUGUGGAAACAGUCAAGAAUUUCCAUUGCUCAUGUUUUCAAUGUUUUGCCAAAAUUAA